AUGUAUGAAAACAUGUCCACAAUGGUGUAUUUAAAGGAAGAGAAGUUGGAGAAGCUUACGCAAGAUGAAAUCAUUGCCAAAACUAAGCAAGUGAUUAAUGGACUAGAGGCACUGAAGAAUGAACACAAUUCAAUUUUACAGAGCUUACUUGAAACACUGAAAUGUUUGAAGAAAGAUGAUGAAACUAAUCUGGUUGAAGAAAAAUCAAACAUGAUUCGAAAGUCACUGGAAAUGCUGGAACUUGGCCUCAGUGAAGCACAGGUAAUGAUGGCCUUGUCAAAUCACUUAAAUGCAGUGGAAUCAGAGAAGCAGAAGUUGCGUGCUCAGGUUCGCCGUCUGUGCCAGGAAAAUCAGUGGCUACGGGAUGAACUAGCCAAUACACAACAGAAACUACAAAAAAGUGAGCAGUCUGUGGCUCAACUGGAGGAAGAGAAGAAACAUCUAGAAUUCAUGAAUCAAUUAAAAAAAUAUGAUGAUGAUAUUUCACCAUCAGAGGAUAAAGAUACGGAUUCCACCAAAGAGCCUUUGGAUGACUUAUUUCCCAAUGAUGAAGAUGACCAAGGACAAGGAAUUCAACAGCAGCAUAGCAGUGCAGCAGCUGCUGCCCAACAAGGUGGCUAUGAAAUUCCAGCAAGGUUAAGGACCCUUCAUAACCUUGUUAUUCAGUACGCUUCCCAAGGUAGAUAUGAGGUUGCUGUACCUCUCUGUAAGCAAGCGCUCGAAGAUCUGGAGAAGACUUCGGGUCAUGAUCAUCCUGAUGUUGCCACUAUGUUGAACAUUCUUGCUUUGGUGUACAGAGACCAGAACAAAUACAAAGAUGCAGCAAAUCUCCUGAAUGAUGCCUUGGCUAUCCGUGAAAAGACUUUGGGCAAAGAUCAUCCAGCGGUGGCAGCAACUCUAAACAAUCUUGCAGUACUUUAUGGUAAAAGAGGAAAGUACAAAGAAGCUGAACCAUUGUGUAAGCGAGCUCUGGAAAUCAGAGAAAAGGUCCUGGGGAAAGAUCACCCUGAUGUUGCCAAACAAUUAAACAACUUGGCUUUACUAUGCCAGAACCAGGGUAAAUAUGAGGAGGUUGAAUACUACUAUCAGAGGGCAUUGGAGAUUUACCAAACUAAGCUGGGACCAGAUGAUCCAAACGUUGCAAAAACAAAGAAUAACCUGGCAUCCUGCUAUCUAAAACAGGGCAAAUUUAAGCAAGCGGAAACUUUAUACAAAGAGAUUCUUACUCGUGCCCAUGAACGGGAAUUUGGCUCCGUAGAUGAUGAAAAUAAGCCUAUUUGGAUGCAUGCAGAAGAGAGGGAAGAAUGCAAAGGAAAGCAAAAAGAUGGCACAUCUUUUGGAGAAUACGGUGGCUGGUACAAAGCUUGCAAAGUUGACAGUCCAACAGUAACAACUACCUUAAAGAACCUUGGGGCACUUUACAGACGACAGGGCAAAUUUGAAGCUGCUGAAACAUUAGAAGAGGCAGCAAUGAGAUCUCGUAAACAGGGUCUUGACAAUGUUCAUAAACAGAGAGUUGCUGAGGUGCUGAAUGACCCUGAGAGCAUAGAGAAAAGGCGAAGCCGAGAAAGCCUCAAUGUUGAUGUGGUAAAGUACGAGAGUGGUCCUGAUGGAGGCGAGGAAGUGAGUAUGAGCGUAGAAUGGAAUGGGGAUGGCACUGGAUCUUUAAAGCGCAGUGGUUCCUUUAGCAAACUUCGUGCUUCCAUUAGACGCAGCAGUGAGAAGCUGGUUAGAAAGCUGAAGGGAGGAAGUUCACGAGACAGUGAACCAAAGAAUCCAGGCAUGAAGCGUGCCAGUUCUCUGAAUGUUCUUAACAUGGGUGGCAAGGCUACUGAAGAUCACUUUCAAGAACGAAAUAAUUGUCUGACAGACUCAAGAGCUCUGAGUGUCAGUCAUACUGAUUUGGCGCGUUGAGAUUCUUGGACAGAAGCUAGCUAAUACUCCUUUGGGAAUAAAGAAGCACUGAGACCUUCAAAGCUUUGAUUCCUCACCAUUAUGUAUAGGAACACCUAGUUUGUAGAUUUUGUUGGGUUUUUUCCAGUGGACUGCUGUUUUUACUUUUCUAAAUAGGGAUGAUUUUAAACAUGGCAUUAGUGGGUAUUUUUGUCGAAAGGAAAAUGAUAUAGAUAUAUAUUUUGCUCAUUGCACUGCGCCCAUUCAUGCUCCUUACGUUGAGUUCUUCAAUAGAUCUGAACAUGACAGCAGCCAAAAACCUGUAAAAAUAUUUAAAGCACACCAAAAUG